GAGGUUUUUGUCUUUUUAUUAAAUUUAAUUAUAAAUAAAGGGGAAACUUUUAUGUAAUUUGAAGAAUGGAAAAGAAGAAUAAUCAUCCUGUUCAGCGCUAUAAACUAGCCAAUAAAGUACCCUUUUAUUUAUUUUUAUGAUUGUGGAGAAGAUAUUCUUCUUCCUUCUCCACACAAAAAGCUGAAUUUCAAAUGUUUUUAUUUUGUAUUUGUAUUUAUUUUUUUUAUUUAUUAUUUUCUUCUAACCUUUCAAAUAUACCCUCUAACAAUAGAGACCCUUGUUUCAAAUUGGCAUGUUCUCAGCAAUCAAAAAAAACAUUUAUCCAGCCAUUGCGUUAUUAACUAUACCUGUUGGCUAUUACAUUGGAACAGAAUUAAGAGAACGAAAUGAUGCUAAAAAAGUGUUGAAGGAACAAGUUUAUGAUGAAGAUGAAAUGAAGAAAUUAAGACAACAACUUGAAGCAUUAAAAGAAGAACGUAACCUGGUUCUUUCAAAGAUGCAACCAAAAAUAAAAGAAGAAGAAUGAAUUAAAUUAAAAAAAAGAAAAAGAUAUACAGUGUUUCUUUCAUUCAUACUAUUUAUUUAUUUGUUUUUAAUUCACACUUUCCAUAUUCAUCUAAUUUCCUCUACUUCUUCUUCCGCCCCCUUUUAUUUCCUAAUAUGUGCAACGUGUAUAAAACUCCUUAUUAUUGUUACAUGUAUGCAUGCAUCUAUCUACCCUUUUUUUUUCUCCUUUUUCGUUGUUUCUCUCUCUCUCUCUCUCUCUUUCUUUUUUUUUUUCUUUUUUCUUUGAAAGAAUGUUAAAAAA